AUGGGACUAACCGAAACAGACCAGCCUUUAUGUUCAUCAUGUGCGUGUCAUCACGAAUGCCAAGUGUUUCAUAAGCUAGCAGAACUUAAGGACGCUGGUUUAGUAGUUUAUUAUCACAACAAGCGCAAAAAAGAUGUUACGAAAGACAAUGCUGUUGAACAAGCAGAUGCCCCUCAAGCUGUGUUUAUUUUGCACAACACGAAAGACGUGAUAAUAAAGUCUUCCGAUAUAAAAUCAGAACUCGAAAGCAAACAUAUACCCUGCCCACGAUGUAGAAAAGCCUUUCAACAUCUACAAAAAGUUAUGCAAAAUGUGACAUCGAUAGACAGGAAGGAAGUAAUGGGUAUAUGCGACCAUUGUCGUAAGAAAGUUGAAAAAAGUAAAAAAACAUGUUCUACAUGCGAAGAGAUUGUGAAAGUUUUUAUAUCGGUUAAGGGUCAACAAAAAGAAGACACAAAACAAUUUAUUAAGAUAUGGCUUUCAAGGAUGGGUUUUUAUUUUAAAGAGCCGUUAAAAAUUGACCAAUCAUUAUUCAACGAAAAAGAUCCUGGUGAUAAGAUAAUAAGUAAAGACAGUGGUGAAUAUUCUAACGUAAACCUCGAUCCAUUAGCUCAAAAAUCGUCUUUGCCUAAACACGAGCCUGAAGUUGAACAAAUGUUUACUUCACAAACACACAAGUCAGAUUCAGAAUUAAAUAUAGAUAUCAAUUUACAAAAACGUCCUAAAUUCGGACAUUUUGUAAAUUUUAAUCGACCUACAGCACUAAGCGAAGACACUGUAGUUCGCAAAGGCCAUGAAAAAGAAGCAGAAAUACAAGUUUCGACACCUUCAUUCAUUCAAUCAGAUACGACUUUUUUAGAACCAUGUUUACGCGUCGAUGGGCAAAUUAAAAGUGCGUUAAAAGAAGAAAAGGACCCAAAAUCUUCAGAGUACUAUGAUGAUACUGUAAUGGAUGCCAGAGGUGCAAUUAAAAAGAGACAUGAUCUUAGCUUGAGACAAAUUAUCCAAACCGAUAAGGAGCAGUCAUCGAAAAGGCCUCAAGUAUAUGAAACUCCGAAGAACGCACCAUGGGAAAUGAAUUAUGAUGCGAAAUAUUAUGGAAAAUCUGAAUUAGAUGUAAAACCAAGAUCCUCACAAAGGGAUUUACAAAGAUCACAUAUACAUGGGCUGAGAAAGCACGAUCAACAUAAAAUAAAGGAGGAUGCGCAGGAUUUUGAGAAAAAUCUAAGAAAUACUCAAAAAUUUACAGAAGAAAACAUAACACAGAUUCAUGAUAAGAAUAAAUCAAGGCAUCGAGUAUUUAAGAAUAAAGAUGGCCAUAAAAAAUCUCUUGUGCCUAAAAUAAGUGCAGAAAAUGUUGCAAAAACACAAUUUAGUUUUUUUUUCCCUAAAAUACCAGAGGUAGAAAAACGACCACUUAUUGAUGCCCACUCAUCACACCUAAUUAAACUUACUCAAGAAAAGAUUCGUCUUCAAGUUGAAAAAGAGGAUACGAAAAAACGUAUGCGAGAAGAAAAGAAAAAACAGGCUAAAACAGAGGACAAGCAAAAAGUGUUAAAAGAUCAGCGGCAGAGAGUAAGUAGUGAUGAAAAAAUAAUUAAACACAAAUCUGAAGGAGAACUUGGUCGCUCGAGAGAUAAAAAGUCUAUAGAAGGCAUGGCUUCAGAAGAGAUUGAGACAGGUAAAAAAUCUGGGACUAAAAAAACCAAAGAUAAUAAAGAUGAAGAAUUAGAAAAUAUCAAAAGUUUUGUAAAAGUUGAACUUGAAGAAAACUAUGGAAUUGAUGAACAACCCGGAAGAGCCAAACAAGACAUGAAGCCGAAGCCAGAGCCAAAAGUUAGGUCAGAUGAAAUAAGUGAGAAAAUAAAAAAAGAUACUAAAUCAAAAUCUGAAAUAAUAUAUGAAACUGAUAAACUAAGUCAGAGAGACAAGAAAGAAGUAAUAAAAUCAAGACAAAAAGAUGAAAUUGAAACACCUAGUGAGAAAACUAAGCAACAUAUAAAGUCAAAACCAGAAGAAAACCUUGCAAUUGGAGAAGUUCGUGAGAAAGCCAAGACCGAAGGUAAGUCAAAACCCGAAGAAAAAGAUGUAUCGGAUAAAGUAAGCGAGAAAGUAAAGAAAACUUCAAAGUCAAAACCAGAUAAUGAUAAAACUGAAAUAAAAUCAAAACAAGAUCAAAAAGUGCGAACUGAGGAAGCCGGUGUUGUAUCUGAUAAGGUAAGCGAGAAAGUCAAGAAAAGUUCUAAGCCAAGGCCAGAUGAUGAUAAAACUGAAAUAAAAUCAAAACAAGAUCAAAAAGUGCGAACUGAGGAAGCCGGUGUUGUAUCUGAUAAGGUAAGCGAGAAAGUCAAGAAAGGUUCUAAGCCAAGACCAGAUGAUGAUAAAACUGAAAUAAAAUCAAACCAAGAUCAAAAAGUACGAACUGAGGAAGCCGGUGUUGUAUCUGAUAAGGUAAGCGAGAAAGUCAAGAAAGGUUCUAAGCCAAGACCAGAUGAUGAUAAAACUGAAAUAAAAUCAAACCAAGAUCAAAAAGUACGAACUGAUGAAGCCGGUGUUGUAUCUGACAAGGUAGGCGAGAAAGUCAAGAAAAGUUCAAAGCCCAAACUAGAUGAAAAAAUUAAAACUGAGGAAGCCGAUGUUGCUAAAAAAGACGUGAGGUCUAAAUCAGAACUAACAGAUAAACGAAGUGGUCUGCCUGACAAAGAACAGACAAACAUUGAUCCUUUAACACGAAAACAAGCUGAGAAACAAGAACGUGACGAAAAAAUAAAAAGGGAAAAGGAACAAAAACAAGAUCAAGAAAGACUAAAAUUAUUACAAGAGUUAAAAAAAGAAAAAGGUUUAGCUAAGGCUCAAGCCAUAAAAAUAGCAGCCACAGAAGAAAAAAAUCCAAAAGAAGCGGAAGAGCCUGCUAAAAAGAAAGCAAAAAAGGGGACAGCGUCAAAAAAAUUGGAAGUAAUAAAAAAAGGUUCUUUAAGCGAUGUUGAAGCUUCCCAGAAAUCACUUAAGGCUGAAAAAUCACUUAAGGCUGAAAAAUCACUUGAUACACAAAACAAACUAUCAAAGAGUGAACUUUUAAGAAUUUCUCAUGAGCGACAACUAGAAGCAAAGAAAGCGAAAGCUGACGCAGCGAACGCUGCUGAAUUUAGGAAACUACAAGAGCAGCUUGUAAAAGAGAGAGACGCUGCAAGAAAGAAACAACUAGAGGAAGUAAAAGCAAAAGAAAAUGCAUCAAGAAGAGCUGAUGGAUUUAAAGCUGAACAUAUCGAAGCAAUAACUCAUAAAGAUACUGCAGAAGACAAGUUAGAAGCAGAAUCAUCAAAAAAAGAUUCUAAAUCGGUUGACGCGGACGCUACCAAAGGCAUAAUAAGGUAUGCAUUAUCAGACCGCAGCUUCAUUGAUAAGGGUUGGACCAUGCUUCCUACAGAAAAAGUUGUACGAAAAAUGAAUGUUUACCGAAUGCGCCCAGCACAUCCUGAGUUUGAUUGGUUUGAACACAAUAAAAAUAAGCGGUUAAUGACUUACGACUCAGGCGAAAGGCUAGCAGAGUUUGAUGAUAACGGACGUGGUCGCUGGUACUACAGGAAUGGACGAUUAGCAUUAGAUUAUUAUGAUGCGCAAGAGACAAAUGCCCAGCAGCGUUUCGUUAUUUAUAGUAGCGGGGAACCCGAUGAGCGUGGUCGUACUCAUCCUAUUACGAUACUAGCCACUUUUGAUUACCUCGGUAAUGGUAUAGUCUUCGAUCAUGCGGGCAAGAUACGGCUUAAAUACAAUCAAACAGAAGGUGUUGUGCUAGAUCGGGGAAUUGGUCCUGUUUCACAUUGGAAAUGGCAUACAUUGAAUGAUCCUCCAGUACUUCAGCAGGUCAUGAUAGAUACUCAAAUGGCACACAAAGAUCCGGAAAUCUUAAAGCUUGGGUCCAAUGCAGAAACAAGGUCUCGACCGGAUAAUGAAGAAAUGUUAGCUAUUGAAUUUGAUAAUUUUAUCAAAGAGAAAAGUAAGAAACUCUCCCAAAAGUUUAAGCCGUUUCAAAUAAAGAUGAAAGCUUUAAAGAUAAAUGAACAUUUUUCUUUGAAAGUGCUCGACCAAGCUACUAUAUAUCUUAUUUAUAGAGAUGGUUCAACGAAUCUUAAACUUAACAUUGGUAUGAUAUUAGACCAUCAGGAAAUUGUAGACACCGAUACUGCUGAAGUGGGUGAAGUGUCCAACAGUUUAGAACGGUUCCCAGCUCGUACAGAUAGUCUGGCAGGCUUACAACGCAGUGUAGCUUAUGCUCAGCGCUACGAGAGACAUCAUGCGGAGCGGGAUCGCCGAUUACGGAGACCAGAGCCUUAUGCUAGUGUAGAUAAUCUGACUGCCGCAGUAGCCCCACCUCUGCGACCCCCUUUACUAACAGUCAAUGGAUCAACAUCAGGUGUUACCUAUUGUAAUUGUAGAAAGCCUGCAAAUAAUCUUUACUAUAAUACUCGCCUUUACUGA